AUGUCUGAGAACUGCACACGCGACGAACUGGUAAACUCCGCGAAGAACUCGAACUACGUGCACGACAUAAAUCACGCUCUAGGCUGGUGCCGGCGUAUGUUGCGGCUGAUCGGAGUGUGGUCGCUGAUUCAGAAACGGACCACCAGGCUGGAGAAAGUUGUGUCGUUUCUCUGGAGAAUAGUGAUCCUCUGUAUACAAUUGUUCUUCAUCGUUCCCAUCACUCUUUACAUAUGCUACGCGGAGCAGGACACGAAUAUGAAGAUCAAAAUUGCCGGUCAGCCGAUCAACUCUGCACUUUCGGUGGUGAAAUUCGUCUAUCUGGGGCUGAAGGGAACCGCGUUCAGAAGCUGCAUCGAGCACAUGGAGAACGAUUGGCGGAGGGUGCGAGAUCCCCAGCACCGAGACAUCAUGCUGAAGCAGAUUUCGAUCAGCAGGAAUCUCAUCGCUCUGUGUAUUAUUUUUGUAUAUACCGCCGGCAUAUCGUAUUACACGGUCAUACCGUUGCUGGUUAAACGCCAACAGAAAGGGAAUUACACUGGCAGAAGGCUGAUGCAUCCUGGUUUCGAUAGAUUCUUCGACGUCCACUCUAGCCCUACCUUCGAGCUGCUCUAUUCAGUUCAUUGUCUGUCGGCUUUCUACAGAUACAGUGUGACGACAGCGGAGAUCUGUUUGACCGUGACUUUCGUCACGCAUAUCUGCGGACAGAUGCAGAUUCAAAUGUUGCGACUGCGGGAAUUGUGCAAGAGGAAGGAGGAGUACAGUGCUCGCGAGCAGUUGUCUGUCAUUGUUCACGAUCACGCUGAGGUCUUAAGAUUGUCGAGGCUUGCCAAGGAUGCCUUUACCGGAAUCCUCUUAAUAGAAAUCUUUAAUUGUGUUUUUCUCUUAUGUCAUAUCGAGUACUCUUCCCUGAUGGUAUGGAAUGAUAGGAAUCCAGUUAUAAUAACGACGUACAGCAUUUUUAUAACAUCUUUUACUUUCAAUGCGUUCAUCUUUUGCUAUAUUGGAGAAAUCCUCACUGAACAGUGUUCGGAGAUCGGAUUCGCCAGCUACGAAGUCGAUUGGUACAACAUACCUGGAAGAAGAGGUCGCGAUUUUGCACUACUCAAUGUGAUGUCACUCUAUCCACCCAAACUUUCGGGCGGCAAAAUUAUCGAGCUAUCCCUGAACAUGUUCAGCAUUUACGAUCCUAUAGCACUCGAGAUGUCUGGGAAGCACACACCCGACGACCUGGUAAAACCCGCGAAGAACUCGAACUACGCGCACGACAUAGAUUACGCUCUGGGCUGGUGUCGGCGCAUGUUGCGGCUGAUCGGAGUCUGGUCGCUGAUCGAGCAACGGACCAGCUGGCUGGAGAAAGUGUUGUCGUUCCUCUUGAGGACAGUGAUCCUCGGCGUGCAGCUCUUCUUCAUCGUUCCCAUCACUCUUCACAUAUGCCAAACGGAGAAGAAUCCGAUGAUGAAGAUCAAAUUGCUCGGCCCGCCGAGCAACUGUGCGUUCUCAGUGAUCAAGUUCUUCUACCUCGUGCUGAGGGGAACCGCGUUCAGAAGCUGCAUCGAGCACAUGGAGAACGAUUGGAGAAGGGUAAAGGAUCCCCAGCAUCGAAGCAUCAUGCUGAAGCAGAUAUCGAUCAGCAGGAAUCUCAUUGCUUUGUGCUUGUUCUUUAUUUAUGCUGCCGGGAUAUCGUACUACACGAUCAUACCACUGCUCGCGAAGCUUCAACGCAAGGGGAAUCACACCGGCAGGAGGCUGAUGCAUCCCGGUUACGACAGAUUCUUCGAUGUGCGUUCCAGCCCUGUCUUCGAGCUGAUCUACUCUGCUCACUGUGCGUCGGGUUUCUUCAGAUUCAACGUGACCGCGGCGGCGUUCACUUUGGCCGUGAUCUUCGUCACGCAUAUCUGCGGACAGAUGCAGAUACAGAUGCUGCGGUUGCGGGAGCUGUGCAACAGGAAGGACAAAGAGACCGUUCGCGGGCAGUUGUCUGUUAUUAUUCACGAUCACGUUGAGGUCUUAAGAUUCUCGAAGAUCGCCAGGGGCGCCUUUAUCGAAAUCGUUUUAAUUGAAAUCUUUGGUUCCACUUUUCUCCUGUGUUUGGUCGAGUACUGUUGUCUUCUGGAAUGGAAGGCCAGCAAUGCAAUUGCAAUGACGACGUACACCAUUUAUAUGACGUCUUUCACCUUCAACGCGAUGAUCUUUUGUUACAUUGGCGAAAUUCUCACUGAACAGUGUUCGCAGAUCGGAUUCGCCGGCUACGACGUCGAUUGGUACAACUUACCAGGAAAAAGGGGAUGCGACUUCAUACUGUUGAACAUGAUAUCGCUCUAUCCACCGAAACUCUCGGGCGGCAAGAUAAUCGAAUUGUCUUUAAACACGUUCAGCGUCAUCCUGAAGACGUCAGUUGUGUACCUGAAUUUGUUGCGUACGAUCACUACCUUUUAG